AUGGCGUCAAGUUCUAAUAUACCACAGGAGGGAACCUUGGUUGAUGAUAAGCAGGAAGAGAAAGCAGGAAGUGCGAACACCGCAGAAAAUGAUCAUGAUAAAGAGGGUUCAGAUUCUGGGCCAGUGUGUACAGAACAGCAGAUACAGUCAAUACUUGCAGCUGCUGGCCAGGGAGUCGGAGAUGAUGAUGAGGAUGAUUUAAAAUCUUCAGAUGUAGAAAAAGUUGACUUCUGUGUGAUAUUCAAGAAAGAAAAAUAUGAUGUUUCUUUCCCUCUGAACCAGACGGUUAGUAAGCUGAAGUCUCACAUAGAAAAGUUAACAGGUGUUCCGGCCACAUUACAAAAAAUAAUGUAUAAAGGUUUAGCACGUGAUGAUGCGACAUUACAAGAUCUAAAGGUGGUCACUGGUGCUAAACUGAUGGUUGUUGGUUCAACACUGAAUGACGUUUUAUCUGUGAGUGCCCCAACGCCAAAAGACCUUCAGGCAGAAGAUAAAGCUGCUGCCAAGGCAUCAAAAGAACCAUUCUCAGAACAGAAGCAACACAGAAAAGUGUUGGAUAAGUACGGGAAGCCAGACGAUGUUCCUGUUGGAAUAAAGAACAGGAGUGAAGCACUCCCCCAGGUCCCAUUGUCUGGUAUGUACAAUAAAGCUGGUGGAAAGGUGAGACUUACAUUCAAGCUGGAAGCAGAUCAGUUAUGGCUUGGCACAAAAGAACGAACUGACAAAAUACCCAUGCAGUCAAUAAAAGCAGUUGUCUCAGAGCCUAUUAAAGACCACGAAGAAUAUCAUAUAAUGGGUAUACAGCUGGGUCCAACGGAAGCCUCCAGAUACUGGAUUUACUGGGUUCCAGCGCAGUAUGUUGAGGCCAUCAAGGAGGCCAUACUUGGCAAAUGGCAGUUCUUUUGA